UGGAUAUACCGUUUUUUUCCGUGUAUAGUGCGCCCCCAUGUAUAAUACACACCCUAAAAAUGGCAUGCUGAUGCUGGAAAAAAGCCUGUACCCAUGUAUAAUACGCACCCAAUUUUUAUGAAUUUUCUUUUAUGAAAUUUAUUUUUUAUUUUAUUUAUUUUUUAAGUCCCAAUGAUCGUCACACACGCAGGGAGGCAAUGGGUCCCAUUUUUAUAGUCUUUGGUAUGGUCUUAACUAGGCUGGAUGUAAUUUUUUUUGUUGGGGUUGAUUUCUCCGACUGACCAUAAACGCACCACCGCGCUCCGUGCGCGCACGGGAAAGAGGCGUGCGGACGUGAAAAAGGCGGCUCUGUAUGGGAGAGACGUUGAAGAGGAAUAAAAACACCCUUGGAAACCAAAACUUGGUGAUUUCAAGUUUCAUUUCGAGGGACAUUUGUCACGUCUCGUCCCCAGUUUUGCUAUGUGUCUAGUUUGCCAUAGUUUCUGUUUGUGUCGCCCCUCUCUUCCUGUGUCAGCUCAAUCGAUGUAACGUGUUUUGUAUUUAAGUCCUGUCUGCCCCUCGCUCACCGUCGGAUCAUUGCAUGUGUUACUGUCAUGAUGUCUGUUUGCUUUCUGUUCCUGUCUUUGGUAAUGUCACCCUGUCUGUUUGUUCCACGACUUUGUCGGUCAGUCCUGUUGUUGGUUUUGUUUUCUAAAAAAAAAUUAAAAAAAUAAAAAUAAUUUUUUUUUUGUACCCAUGUAUAAUGCGCACCCCAGAUUUUAGGACAAUAAAUUCGUUAAAUUUUGCGCACUAUUCACGGAAAAAAACGGUAACAUUUGUACAAUCAUUCCAUCCAAAUGAGCCGGAAGUGAUGUCAUCAGUCAGUGUUGUACACCACAAUAAAGAUCCCUGAUGUCAGGCGUCACAUCAUUUAAGCCGGCCAGCAAAGCUGGGCGUAACUAAACACCUGAAGGUGGGCCGGAACCGGAUAGGACGCUGGCGCGGCUCAGACAAAAGCGUUGACGGCGAGGUGCUGCUGGCGCACGUUCGCCUUCCUGCCCGCAUCCAUGGAGGAGCCCGACGUGAUCUGCGUACGGCACGAGUGCCUCAAGGACGUCUGCUGCUUCUCUGUGCCUCCCGCUUGUCCGGCUUGCGGCCGGCCCCUGGCAGGAAGAUUCCUGCGGGAGGCACCGCUCAGCAUCUCAAACCCGCUACUUGACGGACACAAGAUGGCCUGCUGCCUCCUGGUUGCGCCCACUGACCGCCACACCGAUGGAGGCUUUGAAGGCACAUCGGAACUUCACGCAGGAAUCGCCAACACUUCAGGCGUGGUGUACAACUACACGGGGGCAGGCAUGCGCCGAGACCGCAGCGGCUGGCGCGCUUGUAUGAGCGUCCCACUUGUCAGACCCGACACCUUCCGCCUCCUGGCCCAGUGGGACCAGCAUCUGGAGCGGUUGUUGCGCACCCUGAUGGCUCCCGCCGUCAGCCGAGUGUGUGAGUACGCGGCACUGCGCCGACGCAUUUGACAGCAACAAUUCCACGUGGCCCAGAGGUGGUCUUCGCCGGCUACUUGACUGCUUCCUUGUCUUUCUACUCGCACUUUCUCGACAUUGGUCUGGACGCACAAAUGUGAAAUGAGUAAAGAAAUCAGCAGUUGCUUUUUCGACAGUGCUUGUUUUUGUUUGUCCUCACACACAGAGGACGGAGUCACAGCCAGCUUGCAGUAGCAUCUCCCAUUCCAGUUCAAAGAGGACAGUUGUUGACUUGAGUGGGUGUGUGUGCGCUCAUAAUUGAGGGAGGGGUGCACUAUGGUGAUGUGAUCAGGCAGGAUGAUUGCAUAUACAGUGCCUUGCGAAAGUAUUCGGCCCCCUUGAACCUUUCAACAUUUUGGCACAUUUCAGGCUUCAAACAUAAAGAUAUACAAUUUUAAUUUCUGGUCAAGAAUCAACAAGUGGGACACAAUCGUGAAGUGGAACAAAAUUUAUUGGAUAAUUUAAACAUUUUUAACAAAUAAAAAACUGAAAAGUGGGGCGUGCAAUAUUAUUCGGCCCCUUGUAUGAAAUGUAUCGCAAAACAGCUUGAGCUCAGUGAGGUUGGAUGGAGAGCGUUUGUGAACAGCAGUCUUCAGCUCUUUCCACAGAUUCUCGAUUGGAUUCAGGUCUGUUCUUUGACUUGGCCAUUUUAACACCUGGAUACGUCUAUUUGUGAACCAUUCCAUUGUAGAUUUGGCUUUAUGUUUUGGAUCAUUGUCCUGUUUGAAGAUAAAUCUCCGUCCCAGUCUCAGGUCUUUUGCAGACUCCUACAGGUUUUCUUCCAGAAUGGUCCUGUAUUUGGCUCCAUCCAUCUUCCCAUCAAUUUUAGCCAUCUUCCCUGUCCCUCCUGAAGAAAAGCAGGCCCAAACCAUGAUGCUGCCACCACCAUAUUUGACAGUGGGGAUGGUGUGUUCAGGGUUAUGAGCUGUGUUGCUUUUACGCCAAAAAUAUCGUUUUGCAUUGUGGCCAAUAAGUUUGAUUUUGGUUUUAUCUGACCAGAGCACUUUCUUCCACGUUUGGUGUGUCUCCCAGGUGGCUUGUGGCAAACUUUAAACGAGACUUUUUAUGGAUAUCUUUGAGAAAUGGCUUUCUUCUUGCCACUCUUCCAUAAAGGCCAGAUUUGUGCAGUGCACGACUGAUUGUUGUCCUAUGGACAGACUCUCCCACCUCAGCUGUAGUUAUCUGCAGUUCAUCCAGAGUGAUCAUGGACCUCUUGGCUGCAUCUCAUCUCUCCUUGUUUGAGAUGAAAGUUUGGAGGGACGGCCGGGUCUUGGUAGAUUUGCAGUGGUCUGAUACAAUUGCUUGCACAGUCCUCCUUCAGAUGUUUAAAGCUUGGGAAAUCUUUUUGUAUCCAAAUCCGGCUUUAAACUUCUCCACACCAGUAUCUCGAACCUGCCUGGUGUGUUCCUUUGUCUUCAUGGUUCUCCCUGCAAGAGCAGGUGCAUUUAUACGGAGACUUGAUUACACACAGGUGCAUUUUAUUUAUCAUCAUCUGUCAUUUAGGACAACAUUGGAUCGUUCAAAGAUCCUCACUGAACUUCUAGAGUGAGUUGACUGCACUGAAAGUAAAGGGGCCGAAUAAUAUUGCACGCCCCACUUUUCAGUUUUUUAUUUGUUAAAAAAGUUUAAACUAUCCAAUAACCCGGGGGUGAAAAGAGCAUAACCAUCCGAGCCAACCCCCUAUACAGUCCUCAAGCUCCCCAACAAUAGCGGUAGCAGUUUGCAUUAUUUUAUUGCAAUGUUUUUGCUUAUUUAGAUUUGUUUCAAGACUACAGAUAGAUUUCACUUUCAUGGUUAAUGCGGUUAUUGCAAUUUUGUUGUUUUGUCACAGUAGAUUGGUUUAUCUACAUUUCAGAAACCAGAAGCCAUUCAUUUACAAAUGUGAUUGCACUUUAGUUUACAUAUUUAAAUGUUCAGAUAUUAAGAUGUGAUAAACAGGUUUUGCAUGAUUUGAAUGAGGCAAAAUAACAUGCUUUUUCUCUCGAAUAUAUUGUUAUAAUCAUUUGUUUCAGAUAUAAUUAUUUUCUGUAUAAAAAUUAACUUUGGUGUUCAAAAAAUCUUUUCAGUCUCAAGUCAAACUUGAGUCUUGAAAAAGAGGAGGUCGUCUUAUAAUCGGGGUCGUCUUAUAUUCGGGCCAAUACGGUACUUGAAACGUUUCAAAAGAGGCACUAAACCAAAAAACUCACUGCUUCCCAACUAGUAUUACAAACUGUGAGCUGCAAUUACAUUGAGCAAUAAUCAGGACUGGCAAGAAUAAAAAGUGCGGGUAUAAUACUAAGUACUAAGAUAAUAAAUGAAGUACUUAAGUAUUUAGACUUGUUAACAGCAUGACUUGGUUUUCUGCAUACCAUGGGUGGAACAAAGCAUAUUUAUGGCUCUAAUUUUGUUCAAAUGUUACAUUUCAACAAUGUACUUUUAUAGCUCUUUUAAAAAAAGACACAUAUUUUAAAAAAGUAACAAAUCUUUCAAUGACUGGGAUUCUAUUUGGA